AUGGGUGACCACCCUGGCAGUGGUGGUAUGGGUGACCACCCUGGCAGUGGUGGUAUGGAAGAAGCUUCGUCGGAAGCGGUAUCCUUCGACCCCAGCAGGGCCCCACCUCCCGCCCCCAGUGUGAGGAGGCCUGACCCCCCUGACCCUCCUGCCACCCCCGCAACACCUGCAGUGAGCCCCAAGCUCGUGCUGAGUGUCAGGGAAGACAGCGCUGAGGAGUACAAGUUCAUUGAGGCGCCAGGGGGCGCCAUCAUAAGGGUCAAGGCGCGCCCCACGGAGCAGGCAUCCCCGCAGGUGGGAGGCCAAGAGGGCGCAAGGUGCAGGUGGGAGGCCAAGAGGGCGCAAGGUGCAGGUGGGAGGCCAAGAGGGCGCAAGGUGCAGGCGGGAGGCCAAGAGGGCGCAAGGUGCAGGUGGGAGGCCAAGAGGGCGCAAGGUGCAGGUGGGAGGCCAAUAGGGCACAAGGUGCAGCAUGAUUCCCGAAUGCCGAUUUUUGCCCCAAACGCUACAAGCACCACCCAGCCUAGCACCGUCAGCAACCUGAAGGUGCAGAAGGGACCAUGGAUGCCCGUCAUGGGCCCACCUCUCUCGGACUCGGACAUGAGCAGCACCGACUUUGGGUCUCCCUUGCCGAGAGACAGCGAUGUGUCAGACAGCCUCCAUAAAAUGCUCUACAAAAUCCACAUUAAAGACCAAAGGCAGCCGAGUCUCACUAACCCGCCUCGGUAUCAACGCGUCAACACUCAACAGCCUCGGUACCAGCGUGUGAUGGAGAACCAGCAACCAGGUACACAGAGAGAAGGAGCUAAAAGGAUCAAGUCUCCAGCAAUAGACGCGCAUCAAAAAAAUGAUGCAAUGACACCCAGCCUGGAAAACGCAGACAAUGGCAGAAAGUCGCCAAUACCCGUUGACCUUCCCAUCCAGCUACCGAAUAAGCUGAUAGAUGGUCUCGGGGGCCUUGAAGAAAAUGGGGAGGUACCUUUGACGGGUGGUGGUCGAAUUGUAACGGUGAAAGGGGAGAACGGAGAUUACUUCUAUUUUUACGACGAUGGGGGGGACUUGGCAGCCCCAGCGGCUAGCGAUGCAUACUACGAGUACGCAUUCCCAACCCUUGAGGAAGAUAAGAUAGAGAAUCUGCGCAUCCACUCAGAUGCUCUGUCUCUAAACGUACGUGACUCCCAAAUUGGAAAAGAUUCUACCGCUCCAAGAACGGCGGGUAGAAAGGAAGAGGUUCCUUCAGCGACAGAAGACCCGAUCAUUGUGUCACCCCCGUUCCCGCUCUCGGAGUACCCAACACGAAGAUUCUUCUCAACUCUUAGACCCUUAAGCCGUCCGACCCUUGGUAAUCCGGCUUUCAUUAAGACCAAGCCAAUCCUGGAAACUUUUAUUAUCAGGAAGCCAUCAGAAAAGGAGGCGACCCAGGACGGACAGUCAAAGGUACACAACCAAGAUGGAGGUUUCGAAACUUUCGCUCGUGAGGAUCUCGAGGAUUUCAACCUGGACCGCUUCAGGGAGUCCACGAUGAGCGCCUUCGAUCGAGCCCACAUAAGAACAACCAAAUCCACCACCGAGACCAUGACUCCAUCGAGAACCACAGCAGCGACAAGCCCUGCAACUACCUCCUCUACCACUUCAACAACCACUCUGAAGUCAACGACGUCUUCAACUACGACAUCCUCUCCCACAACAAGCUCAACGCCCUCCGUCAUGUCAACACCGUCCACUCCUGAUGCGUCAACAACAAGAAAAACACCAUCGCGGGAAGAAAUAGAAUCUUUACUUUUGAAUCUGCUUGCAUUAUCUUCUACCCCAGACGAGAUGAGCAAAGCACUCAUAGAGACCAUGAGUCACGUUAAGAAUCUCAUAUCCGAUAAUCGGACAAUUUCCACAACAACCGAAGGAGGAAAGCAACUUGAAGGUGACCUGAAACCAGACGAUAAAACAACACAAGAGUCGAGCGAUGCAGUGGCUCCUAAAAAUUACAAUUCAUAUGAAGACUACAUGGAUCUACUUAAAGAAGUUCCGAAGUCAAAAAUAGAACUGAGCGCAGGAAAGAUGUUCAGUAGCGACUUAGAAGUUACUCCAGUACCUGAUUUCCUUACCUCAACUACACAUUCGACAAAAGAAGCCGACCGUAUCCCAACGGAUCCACACAUAGAAAGGCAGAGGCAGUACCAAGAGAACUUGCGAAAACUACUGGAAGAGCAGCGUAAGUAUCAAAUCCAGCAAAUAGAAAACCAGUAUAAAUUACAACUCCUGAAACACGAGCAGGAGUUGUUGCUGCAGGAGCAGCAAAUGUUGCGACAACAGCAGCUCGCGCCCCCGAACCAAUCUACGACUGAGGGACAUGAAGCGAAAACUGAAACUGAACCAAAGAGACAGAACCCGGCUUCAUCGAUCCUUGAGGAGUCUUUUAAAAUCAAAAACGACACCUCACAUGCACCGGCCGAGCAAGAUUUGCCGGAGGACGAAAUUACUUCUAUUAUUACUCAGGAAAUGCCAUCUCUGUACGAGAAACCUAAUGGCAGGGUCAGGUAUGAGACGAGCAGCAGCUUGGCUCCUCAACACCGCCUCGUUACUUUCCAAGACGUCGUCGAAAAAAAUGAAGACACGCCUGUUGAUUAUCAUAGCCAAAGGCCUAAAGAUAGAGACACGCAAGACCCAUCUGAGGAUUUGAAUUCAGAGCAAGCAGCAAAUUCAAAAGAAAAAAUUGCCACCGAGACCUUGACACAAAAACUCGAAACUGUUUUCAUCAACAACAAGGAAACAAAACCUAACCGUAUUUAUUUCAAUAAUCACGAAGUGAAAAGACCCAUUGAUGCCUUGACAGUGCCAGGUCUAGCGUCAACACAGGAGACGCACUUCACUACGUCAACUUUGCCGCCUGAUGACAAGAACCAUCAACUCACGGUGGAUGACUCCCUCGCAAUACUCAGUGAAGUGGGAAUUCAUACUCCGGAACAGUUGCUCGAGGCCCUCCAAAGAGAGUUUAUGGCUUUGAGGUCAAUCACUCAGAACCAACAAAAGGAAAAAAUUGAGGAUUUAUCCACAACGGAUGAAAAAGAGCAGUUAGCGCAGGAUUCCAAGGACUUAUCAAAAUCACCAGAAAUUGAACAGGCUCAACUGAAAGUGUUGGACCGUCUUCGAGGACUGACAAAACCGCAACCGGAGCCCGACUAUGAAGAUUCAUUCGACUUCAUCAACGUCGAUGUUCCAUCCGACAGACUAGCCAUUGCUGACACUGAAUUUGAUCCCGAUGUCGACGAUUACAUGAAUUUGAGCGAAUGGAUUCUGACAAACCUGCAACCUAACACCAUGCCCGAACACGUCGAUUCAGCUCCAGAUGUUUCUGAUAGUCGGAUGCCGAGUGAAAUUCUCGAAUCUCAUCACCCGAAUUUACGAAUCAGCUUUGAAGCAACCACCCCCGCCUCCCCUGCCAAACGUCGUACGACUCAGAGGACCACGGACCGAUCAGCGCUCACUUCAUUCGAGAGCCGGGUCGGUCACUUCGAACAUCAACUCACCAACAGCAAAAAUUUCAUCAGGAACCAGGACCCACGACGCCCGUUCACUAGAAAACCCUCCACUACGGGGCCUGUGGUUAGACUCCCGACUUCUUAUUCCAGCCGGAGACCUUCAGAAAACUUAACUCGUGACCAGAUUAUUGCUCAACACCUCGAACGAUAUCGUCAACAGCAACUUCUGUUCCAACAAACUCAGGAGCAGAUUCGCCGCAACCAAAUGAUGACCAACCAUGUUUCGUCAUUGCUGAGAAACAACCAAAACGUUCCUGCUGAUCGAAUGUUUCUUCCAGGAGACCUAAUCUCACAAAUCAACCCUAUUCCUCUGGGUACUGAUAUCCAGUUCGAGAAUAAGCCUUUUGUCAAGCCGCCAUCCACGAGUCUACAGCCUCCAGCCACAAUGCCAACUUCCACCACAAGACUCACGAUCCGGGACUUCUUGACAACACGCAAGCCGCUUGUCAUCGACACCGAGGUGGUGACGUCACAAAGUUCAAAUGUUGAGUUUAAUCACAAAAGAACUACCAAGAAACCACAGCUCAAUCCAAUUUAUGUGCCCUCCACCGACUACCCCGCGGUGGUCACACACCAGACUGAGAACUACGAUAGAUUUUUGACCGUGCCAGUCAUCACUGGCGAUCACGUCGACUUCGUCAAAGUCACCAGAGGCAAAAUGAAUUACCCUCGAGUGGUGAUCGUGAACACAAACCCUACUGUGGCUGGAUUAUCGUCUACAACCCCCAUGACUCCGCACUUACGCUUCAACGAAAACGAAGGACGUGGAGGUAGCAACUUACCGUCCUUUUCUCUAAGCUCCGAUCCUCUCGAUAAGCUCGUAGAGACGCUCAUGAAAAAUGAAAAACUUGCAGAAACUCCUGGAAUGGUGCCCGAAAAAGUCAAAAUCCAUGAAGAAAAUUCAAAGUUACUCUCAGGUGACAAUGCUACUCAGGCAACGCAAGAAUUAGAAGGCUCACAUAUUGUGAUGAUUUCUGAUAACUUGGAUUCCUUAACGGCAGAGACUGUAAUGAACAGCAUAGAGAGAAAUCUCCCUGGUGAAUUACGCAAUCCUACUCCAUAUUCGCAACAUGAGAACUCAUUCAGAACGGGGGGACCACCGAGACCAAUGUUGGAGACCGUCAGGGACCUCAGCGAGAGGUACUUGUCAGAUCCUACAAUGACUGAGGAGCUGCGGGAUUCCCACGAAGAGAAAGCAUUGCAGGAAGGUAAACUAUCCGACAAUAUUGGCGAACGGCAGCCAGGUGGACAGACUAAUCCUCAUGAAUCUCGGCCAUCUUCAACUCAACUCUCCUUGGGCGAUUUGCGCAACCUUGACCUGUCCCGCGUUUCCACAGACGACCUCCGCCGGCUGUUGGAUGAAAUAAAAUCUGAACCUGAAGUACCAGAGCUGAAUCAGUAUGAGCAGGAUAUUUUCUAUCCAGAGAAUUAUUACGAGAGAGAGUUUUUGUACCCUGACCAAGGAUACGAUACAGAGGAUGACAACAAUUUCUUCAACGUGUCUCUUAAUGAAAUAAAUAAUUCUUCAUCCCAAAAUCCCCAACGGGAAAACAAUGUUAUCCAACCACCAGCAGGCUACCACGAUAAUGGCAAUACGUUAAAAAUUAACACAAAGAAACUUUCCGAUGUGAUGACGAUGCCGGCAUCUGAGUUUUUGGAAACAAGUCUCAGAACUUCAAAUCUAACUUUGGAUCAGCCAGAAAAUAUCAAUAAUGACAGCGGAGUCGUGAGUGAAACUCCAAGCGAUCCUGACAGAACGAAUAGUUCUCUGAAUGACACUGCAGUUAAUACGAUCGGACAAGAAUCUGUUAGGUCUCGAUCUGAGAGCAACGUAGCCAGUGGACAUGACGAUAACGUUAUUUGGGCAACUACGCCAUCGAGCUCAAGAAAAACACUCGCCGAAAUUCAACUUUCUGAAAUCAGCUUGAAAAACCCGGGUGCUUUCCGGAGUGCUACAGUAACGAAAAUACCUAAAGCGAACAGCAGCGAGAAGAGUGAAGCUGACGGAUUGAACUUCGAAACCUUCAAGGAAGACUUGGCUUACCUGGAGUCCAUACGCGAACAGCUCCUUAAGUCCAUCCACGUGACCGAGGUCUCCAGCGACAAGCCUGUGCCGGGAGAAACUUCCGCUAACCACACAGAAGACAAAAAUUUCCGCUUAACUUUGGACAAGGAAAAGCUCAAGAGCUACAUGAGUGAAAGUGAAAUAACCGAAGCCGUUAGGUCUCGAGCGAAGAGGGCGGCCAACUCUCUGUUCCCAUCGUGGUUAGUUGACCUAGACCCUUUCCGUUUCACAAGGAGAGCUUUCGAUAAUUCUCAGCUGGCUUUGAACGACUACAAAGCUUCUGUAAGUGAACCAAAAAAGAACGAAUCACCGAACAAAUUUUCCACAUCUUCACACAGUACCUCUGGGGGUAACGGUCGUGUUUCAAAUUCGGAUGACGUCCAUCCGAAGAAUAUGUACCACUCAGGCGACGACGAGAUCAUCACCGUGUACAUCACGACCGAGGACUUUAAGCAUUCCGAUGGAAAAGCCUUCACUAAAAGCGAUGCAGAAUUUUCCAGUAGGGGUCACGGGAUCCCCAUGACGACUGAGUCACCGGUGCACACCUUCGUGCUGAGACAAGGGCAGUCUCUUCACGACCUCCUUCAGGAGAUCUUCAAAAAGCUCAUUGAAGAAGAGAAGAGUGGCAAAAGACAGCAUGACUUGAUGGAGACUGAUAAUGGCUUCCUGGAACGAAUGGAUAAUCUGGAGUCACUUGGUGUUGAGCAUGGGGAGAGCUACGACGAGUUUUUGGAUGAUGUUCACGAGGAUAACAUAGUGAAAAACAGCGCUUACGAUGGAUCAAAAGGCUACAUCUCCGUCCAUCACUCCACUCAAGAAAAGACCUUGCCUGAGAAUAGCAAAGUCACUAACAUUUCCCAAAGCUCCCUGAAAGACAUGAACGUUAUCGAUAUCUCUAAAGUUGUAGAGGAAACCAAAACCGAGGAAGAACACCAUAAGCUAAGAAACGAUUCCUCAACUUCAAAGUUUCGAGCAGAAAACUCUCAGUCAAAGACGUCUGAAAAAGAAGUAAUACUCCUAAAAGAUGUUCUCCCGCUGGAGUCUCUGGGCAUCUCUGCUGUCAAGAGCGACAGAGACCGAGUGAAAAAGACACAAGAAACACUGCAUGUAUCUACAGUCGAUGCUACAGGGAAUAGCUUCAGUGAAAUUGAGACUCCCACUACCUCUUCGAUCUUCCAAAAUGCCACCAGAAGCCCCGUGCAGAUCAGUGGACUGAGAUACACUACCAAGAAACCAAACUCGAUAUCGAAUUCGACUCCCAAUUCACAUAACACCGCGGGAGCAACAGUAGACCAAACCAUAACAACAACACAGCGCACUUCUCUUAUCGAGAAACUAACCGAAGUCGAAGGCGAGAAAACGAACACAACAAAACUCAAAAAUAAACCCGUGAUCACACAGGAAGAAUUCCUGAGGUUAUACAGCGGCUUGUUCCUAACCUCAACCACGACCAGUGCCCCUCUCAACUACACCGCUCAUUCCGAGCUCUAUGAGUUGUUUCCUGUGAUGACGAGACCGAUGAACAAAAUCAACGAGACGGAGGGCGGGGGUGCGGCGACUACACCCCUGUCACCCUCUCCAGCUCCCUCGUCUGCCGGGGUAGGAGAGGCAAACGUUGGCACGACUGCGGCGCCUACGGUGAAGCCGCUGCGGGUGAUCACUUCCAUUGACGUCUCCGUCAGCAGACACGGGCUAAACGACUCAGUGGAUUGUGGCCCGACAGAGCGGGCUUGUGGGUCUGGCGAGUGUCUGCCGAGGGCCAAGUUCUGUAACCUGGUGGGCGACUGCGCUGACGAGUCCGAUGAGCUGGACUGUUCUUGCGCAGACUUCCUGCGCGCACAGUUCCUCGAGAGGAAAAUCUGCGACGAGAUCAUCGACUGCUGGGACAUGUCCGACGAGACCGACUGUGAGUGGUGCUCGCCGGGCCAGUUUAUCUGCAGUGGCUCGCGGCGCUGCGUGGACCAGCGGCAAGUGUGCGACGGCCGCCUCGACUGCGACGAGGGUGACGACGAGGACAACUGCGUCACCAUCGCGCCUGAUGAGGCCGCGGCCCAGGGCCUCCAGUACCAUGAUGAAGGCUACGUGAUGGUGAGAAGGAAGGGACGCUGGGGGAAGCUGUGUGUGGAUAACCUGGAAGAAUCCACCCACACAUCCUCCAUGAGGAGGCUGUUCCACUCCCCCAGUGAUCGGGGUGGGGAGUCACAUUCCCCCAGUGAUGGGGGAGAGCAUCGCUACGACGUCACCCAGCUGGGGGAGUCUGUGUGCCGUACGCUGUCAUACGGGUCGCUGAGCAGCAUCGAACGCAUUCAAGACCCUCAGCAAAGUCUGCUGUCCCGUAUCGCCACGCAGUCGUUCGCGUCAUCAACUUACUUCGAGUUUACCGCUCAAGAAUGGACCCCAAACAACCAAUUCGAGUCUUCCAGGUCACGAAGAUCAUCUGAUGUAGAGCCUGCAGCAUCAACAAAUUCUAAACCAAAACCGAAAAGGACUUUGGCUGUCAUACUCAGUGAAGCGGGUAUGGGCUUCCGUGAGAAAGCGAUUCCAGGUGAUGCCAUCGCUGAAAAACGUAUGACUAAAAGGUCAACAAGCGCUGUCAGUUUUCAAGAGGGAAAUCCCAGUGCAUCACACAUUGAGGGACCACAUCCUCAAGCAGUUUAUCCAGUAACCGUUGAUGGACGAACAGCAGCUGUAGGAGAGCCUUUGUAUCCUUCAACCAACACACACAAGUUCAGUGCGGGUCAAAAGUUGAAACACGCACCCAUGAGGUACGGAGGAAACUUUUACGGUCACACAGGAACUACACGGUCUCCUUUCAGGUACACUCCAAAACCUCUGUUGUCGACUUCUGAGAAUCAAUCAGGGACUUUUGAACAGCUUUCAUCGUCCACCACAUGGUCGACAACAACCAUUCUGCCCGAUACCACUAAAGUCGAACGAGCUUCCCUUUACGAUCUGAAAAAUUCCGCACAACAAUACGCUUAUCUCUACGAUGGCGAAAUCGCAACCCGACCAACCACGACGGUUUACGAGUUUUACCAACAAAGCCACAAAGAAAUCAAACCUGAAAAGAAAUAUACAAUCCAUGGAGAACUAAUCACAACCAACUUACCUAACCAUCGACUAAAGCUGACAGGUAAACCUCCAAAACCAUCAGCUACAGAUCACGCUCCUACUUAUUCCAUCCACGAACCAACUGACGAUCCAUAUGAAGAAUCCUCUAGUUCAACCGUCACCAAACCUCCCUCCUUAGUCGACCUGCAGCAAAAGAUAGCAGCCGCAAGCCUCGGUGUGUCCCAACACAUGAUGGAUGACGAUGCGGUGUCUGGACACGACAACUCUCUGCUAAGCAGCACGUCUCUCUUCUCGGAGACGACGUGUCCCAAGAAAGACGUGGUCCGUCUUACGUGUGGAAACUUGCAGUGCGGCGUGCGCCCUCAAGCACCGGGCCACAGGGCCAAGUACCGGGGUGGAGACCUGCUACGCCGGACAGCAAGGAUCGUGGGAGGCUCCAACUCGUCGCCGGGCUCGUGGCCGUGGCAGGCGGCGCUGUACAAGGAGGGGGAGUACCAGUGUGGGGCGUCCCUGCUGAACACCCGCUGGCUGAUAAGCGCGGGACACUGCUUCUACGGGUCGACGGAGGCUUACUGGGUGGCGCGUCUGGGUGCUCUACGACGGGGGACGACGCUGCCCUCACCCUACGAGCAGACCAGGGUCAUCACCCACAUCUUCAUCUGUCUCUUAUACACAUCUAGAUGUGUAUAA